AUGUCUGCUAUGGAUACAACAGAACAGCCAGCGGUUAAUUUAGAGCAACCGAAAGAGCAAAGUGAAGAAAUGCAGCAGCAUAUGAUUGAGGAAACGAAAAAGGAAGAUGUAUUAAAUCAAGAAGAGUCAAUGAAGCCGAUUGAAAGUUCGGGGUCAAACCCUCCGAUUACUUUGGAAAAUACAGAAUCAACUACAGAAGCGGAGAAAAAAGAUGGGAAUUCGGCUGCUGGUGAUGGAGGCAAUAACGACGGUUCAAGUUCGGCAAGCACUACUAUCCCAACUCGGCAAUAUCUUGACCAAACGGUUGUUCCGAUUUUGCUCCAAGCUUUGGGAGCAUUGGCAAAAGAGCGUCCUCCGAAUCCAAUCGAUUUUCUAGCAAACUAUUUGAUCAAGGAAAAAGCUCGUUUCUCUUCAUCAGCUAGAGAACAACAGCAAAAUGAAUCGACUCACUGA